CAUGGAAACUGUCCUGGUCUUCCUUUUUUCCCUCCUAGUCUAUGUGGCGGCUUUGUCUGAAUCUGCUGGCCAAGAUGGAAAAGAGAAGGGAUUGGAACCAUUUGUAUACGACUAUGAGAGUUUGAGGAUCGGGGGUCUGGCGUUUGCUGUGGUGCUGUUUGCUCUGGGAGUGCUCCUUAUUCUCAGCCGCAGAUGCCGCUGCAGUAUCAACCAGAAGCCCAGGGCUCCGGGAGAUGAAGAAGCUCAAGCAGAGAACCCCAUCGUUUCCAAGGCCAAGGAGACCCCUAAAGCAGAGAACUGAAACAAUCCAGUGCUGUUGAACACAUAGCUGUGGCGGAACGACUUCACUGAUGCUGCGGAUGCUGAUGAUGAUGAAGCUGAUUCCAGACCAUGGCUAUGAGAGGAUAGAGAGGAGACAGAGAUUUGUGGGGGGAGGCAACUAUGACUUGGAUUUUUAAUGGGCCAGUGUCUUGUACGUAGACCUCUAGUCCUGUCACGUGAACAGUAACCGUAUCCGUCUUUUCGUCCGUGCUCUUUUGCAACAGUCCGUCUCGAGUGAGUUGUUUUAGCAAAAUUAGCCACUUUCUGCAGUUCAUUCUUAACAUUUUUGGCUCCCUCCCAGUCAAACUUGUGCGUGCGAUUUAAAGGAACAGUUCACCCAAAAAUUAAUAAUCUCAUUUCAUACUAAACCUGUAUGCAGUUAUU